AUGGGAAACGAUUGCGCGCGUGGGAAAAAGCGGGCGGUUGCGCGCCGCGGCGCGCCUAUAAAUUGUUACGCCCGUCACGUGUCCUCCAUCGCUCUCCACCUCGCCACGCCGCCGACGCGCUACCAUGCCGCCGCGCCGCCGGGGAUCUUUGGGCAAUCUGGUGUCCGCCAGCGCCCCUCCGGCGCCUUCUACGCUGAGAAUCGGUCCGGCGACGUCCGCCUCGGCCUCGACACGUUCGAGACCGCGCACGAGGCCGCCCGCGCAUACAACGCGGCGGCGUGGCGCCUCGGGAGGCCUCGCCCACAGAUGAACUUCCAGGACGUCUGGACAUGUGAGCAGGUGCAGGCCAUCGCCCCUUCCGCCGCGGCUAAUAACUGA